GUAAAGUGAUUAUGUACUUGGAAUUUAUUAAAUUUUCCACAUAUUUUCAAUAGUUUUAAGUAUUUAAUUCUUUUGAACACAAUGCCUAGAUGCUACAUGAAGUCCAUUCGGCCUCCGCGAGGAAGUUUCAUACAUGAAACAGAGGACCUUAGACCAGUGCGUUCUCCAAAAUCAGUGAAGAAGCAAAAGAACUUACUAAAACAAAGCGAAACGGUUUAUCACGACAAAGUUCCUAUUUCCACCCGCUUCUACCUUCAAUUGCUGAAAAAAAGCCAAUUCCUCAAACAUUUCAUAGACACCGAGAACUAUGACUAUGCUUCAGAAAGUGAAAAACCAAUAGAUUCCACAGAAGUAUGCAAAAAAGCUGUCAAAAAAGAAAAUCAUGAUAAAUUCACUUACAACCUAAGAUCUAACGAGGCAAAGACUGAAAGAAAAGUGUUCACAGAAACCCGAGCUCAAAAGAAAAACAGAAAACUCGCCAACCAACCGCCAUGUUUAAUUACAGAUGAUGAAAUAAAAAUAAAGGCACAGAUAAAAAAGGAUUUAAAAAAGGAGCCUCUGGCCCCAAUCAUCGAGGAAAUAAAGAAUAGGGAGCCAUUGAAACCUGUUAAUAAAGGUUUAGAAAUUGAUAAAAUCGCGGAGAAGUUAAAAAGUUUGGUGAAAAACAAUGCGGACGAGAAGCUUAACAAAGAACUGUUGGUUUGCAAGGAGUCUUUUGAUAAGGAUGUCGCGCCGAUUGAUUUGGAGGAAAUGGGAGUAGUUAGUGUAUCGGAAAAGGAUUCUAAUCAAGAUUGGGAUCGCCGCGCUCGCCCCAACCACCUCUGCUCGUACUGCGGUAAAGCCUUCGAUCGUCCCUGGGUGCUGAAAGGCCACCUGCGUCUGCACACAGGAGAGCGCCCCUUUCCCUGCCCGCACCCGCAAUGUGGCAGGACCUUUGCUGAUCGUUCCAACCUGCGCGCACACCAGCGCACGCGCGGACACCACGCGUGGCAGUGGCGCUGCAGCCAGUGCGGGAAGGCGUUCAGCCAGCACCGCUACCUCGAGCGGCACCGCGCUGACGCCUGCCGCAAAUACAGGAUGCACACAAGAAAUCAUGUAAACUGCGAUACCAGCGCCGAAGUACCCGCGGUUCCACUGUACGGGUUCAUAUGCCACAACUGGUCUGCGAAGGCCAACACUGCUCAGCCCUGGGAGGACGGCCCCAUUGAUUUGACCAUCGGAAAGAAGACUACCGAUGAUCUGGGGAUUGAUGUAACAGGGGACAAUAUGGGGAUAAAUUAAGCGUUUUCGACUUACACCCAUGA